CAUUGAAACAGCGAUGACCAUAGCGUCUGAAUUUCCACCAUUGGAAUCAUUUAGCUUACGAAUAGGUUCUUAUCGAGGGUUUGACCAUUUUGUUAAGCUGUGGGUGCACGCACAACAUCAUCUGCGACACAUUGAACUAAAUUCUGCUCGUGGGUUAUCUGAUGAUUCAUUUUUGCCUAUAGCUCAAUACUGUCAUCAAUUAGAGUCUAUAGAACUUCGAAUGUGCACAAAUUUAACAGACAUUUCAAUAUCCGCAUUGGCUAAAUAUAGAAACAUUAAUCUUAGAAAAUUUACAAUAAAGAAUUGUGAUCAAAUUACGGAUACGGGAAUUUCCGAUCUAUCCCGACAUUGCCCGAAUCUAUGCAAAGUAUCCAUAAUCGGGUGUUUGAACAUUACACAUGCAUCGUUGUCAAUGAUUGUACAAAGUUGUCAAGGAUUGGUCGAGUUUGCGUUUACGAGUAGGCCGAGAAUGACACCGGCCGUAAUUUUAACUUUGGUGCAGUUCGAAAGGUAUAUGUUGGAAAUAUUGGAUAUCAAGAGCGACGAUAUGGCGACAGCCGAUGUAACCGUUAAACAGCCUUAUCCAAAAUUUGAUUUGGCUCUAAUGGAAAA